AUAUUAUGAUAACGCACUCUUUUGGUAUCUUACAAAGAUAAGAUAUCCCAUAUCUUACCAGUUACCCACACCAGUUAACUAAUGUCAAAAUUUGAUUGGUUGAAAAGGCAAUAUGAAUCUAGGCCACUGGAAUUUUCUCCUAGCUUUAAUCAGUUUACAAACGUUUUUCAACGCCUCCGCACAGAUAAGCACUGGAAAUAACAGUUUGAAGGGAUCAAACAACUCAAAUAUUUCCUAUGAAGACACAUUCAAUAGAACUUCGACCGAGGUUCUGGACGCCUCAAUACAUUCAACACUGGAUGUAUCUCAAACAUAUUCGACAGAAGCUGCAACAAUUCAAUCAGGUGCUAGGUUCGCAACCUCUGUUCCUGUUCAAAGUCCUGUAGACAACCCGUUAGAUCCAGCGGACUGUUCUCAACGGGAAAAGUACAGAAAACAACCAGUUGCAACACCAUCGUCGCGUUUAAGAAAAUGCUGCCCACAUGGAGAAAACUUAAAUAUAUAUCGGGAAAAUCAAAGCGAUUCUAUGUGCGACAACGGACUCUUAAGCUUCGAACCGACUAUAAUAAGUGCAGUUCUGUUCGAUAACUGCAUUGAAGACUUGGAGAUUGAGACUACGCUCGACUACGACAUAGGAAAUCCGUGCAACAGUUCUCUUUUGUACGACGACGAAGAGGACGUUUUCUUCGUUCUGCAAGACGGUUCGCUAUUAAUCAUCGACAAAUUUGGCAACGAAUCGUACACAGUGAAAGAACAUUAUUGCUUGGAUAUUGAUAAGUCGGGACACUUGUUUGCCUUUACAUGUGUAACCCAAGUGGAAGAACAAAUUGCUUUCGCAAAAGUCGUUUUUGUUGCCGUUCUUAUGCUAAUAUCUAUGCCCUGCCUGCUAUUAGUUAGUUAUUUGCACAUGACACUUCGCUUGUUGCGCAACUUGCAUGGUCUCUCGCUAAGUUUGAUGUCCCUGUGCUUGGCGUCUGGAUACUUUGUGCACUCCGUUGUGCACAUCUAUGGGAUCCCGAACCAAGGGUUCAUUGGCUACGUCAUACAGUUUUGUAUUUUAAGUUAUUUCUUCUGGUACUUGUGCAUAUGCUUCAAUGUUCUUUUAAAUGUGUGGUACAAGUUGCCCUGCUGCAUUCAAUGCUCAAAGAGUUGGGCCACCUUUAAUUUUGGGUGUUACGCUGUUUUUGCUUUUUCUGGACCGGCCACAAUAGUUGCAUUAACUGUUCAAAAGGGACUCCCAGGAAUGCCGUCUUACUUUCUGCAAGGCCUCACUGAAUCCAUCCGAGAUUCCCAACGUUACUUUAUUCCUCCAGUGUCUACUAUACUUUUUCUAAGUUUUUUGAUUAAUAUAAUAUCGUUCUUCGGAUUUCAACGUAUAAGCGGAUACGCCAAGGCUGAAAAAAACAUUCAGGAGCGAAAAUGUUUGUUUGACCAACAAAAGUAUGAAGAUAUUAAAAAAGACGCUAAAUGUGUCAGUUUACUUGGAAUAAUAAUGGUCGUAAGCUGGCUGCUCGAAAUAAUAACGUUUUACUCGGGAUCGAAUUCGAAUUACCUGAUACUCUGCGACAUGGUGAAUGGACUCCAGGGAGUUUGGGUACUGCUAAUUUUUCUAGUCGUGCGCAGGCGUCGCACAAUAAUAUUAAGGUGGUGGUAUGAUCGUGGUUCCCACGAAAUUGAAGGCACAGAGCUGCAAGCUCUUAGUAAUAGUCCCACAUAGAUAUACAAUUAUAAUACAUUACUUCAAAUCUACGAUCGCCGUUAAUAUUACAUUAAUUUUAUAAUUAUAUUAAAUUCUGGUUUAUUUGACCUGCAAA